CAUGGAUGUUUUCAAAACAAAACAUUGAUGUUAUGUGUUCAAGUGUUCUAGUUAGGAACAGGUUAAGAAGAAUAUUGAUAAUGUAAUAAAUGUGAACUGUGGGGAUGAGAGUAAAAUAGGGUUAACUUAUAUGAAUAUUUGAUCGGGUUCUGGGUAGGCUAGUAAUCAAAGUAAUGUAAUCACCAAUGUGUCUGACUAAGGCCUAGAUUUGUUUAUAAUUUUAGUUUAGAUACAGGCCUAUCCGUUUUCCAUUCAUUGACAACUUUGAAAUAAAUCAUGGAUUACAGCCAGUUUAUUAAAGUGUAUGAUAUUAUUCAUAAAGAUCCUGUACGUUGUGCCAUUGAUAAGGAAACUAGAGCGGAGGACAUAGUUGUGGACCUGUGUCAGAGAUUUAAAAUAAAACCUGUUGCUCGGCAUUUAUUUUCUCUCUGUUUUCAUAAUACUAAAGAGUGGGUAAGUCCACUUGUCAGAUUAGUUGAUUCUAAAACUACAGUUUUUGAUUUUAGACUGAGAUUCAAAGUUCCAGACUUCAGUAAAUUAAGAAUUCUUGACAAUGAAGCAUACAACUUCUAUUUUCAUCAAGCAAGAAGUGAUGUGUUGAAUAAUAAAGUACCUGAUAUUAGUUGUGAAAAGAACAAAAAAGAACUUUUGGGAAUGGGUGUAGCAGACAUGUACAGAGUUAUGUUAGAGACAGGUGCAUCAAGAGAUGCUGUGGAAAGUGAUUACAAAAAGUAUAUACCAAAAGAAGUAUAUAAACGUCAUAUGUUUUUUGUGAAGCAACCUAUGCAUAACUCCCUCGAUAGUAUAGAAAAGUAUGCCAAACAGGGAAAACAUGAACCAUGGUUUGUAAAGGAUCAAUAUUUGAAACAGCUUGAAGAUUUGGCACCUAAUUAUUUAUGUGAGGAAUUCAAGGCUUUUAUUGAUGAAGGAGGGACCGUAAGAGGAAUAAACAUUCAUGUUAAUCCAUAUGAUAAGGAAUUUCCAGGUGUUAAGUUUCUGUACGAUGGCCAUACCGAUUGGAUUCAUGUUUGUUCAAUUGAAGAUCUAUGUUUUAUAACAGUGAGAAGCGAUGGAACCAUGGAAAUAGCUCGGAAAACGGGAAUACCAAUUUAUUUCAAAUUUCUGUCCAUUUUAAGUAUGUUCUCAUUGGUCAGUCUGUUGGAUGGAUACUACAGACUCGGGGUGAAAUGGACUUUCAGUCUAUCUAAGGAUUUACCUACCCCCUCACUGGAGAGGCUUCAUGCCAUCAAAUGCCAUGGUCCUGUCGGAGGUGAGUUUUCCUACUGUAAACUGGAGAAAAUCAGGUCCAACAAGCCAGGUUGUUACAUUUUGCGAGAAAGCGAAUUAGAGUACGACCAGUACUAUCUGGACGUUUGCGUAGAAAACAGCACCAAGCCCACAACAUACAAGAUAGAAAGGCGGAUUGGUGGUGGAUUUUCAUUCGGUAAUGAGGAGAAACGCUACAGCACCAUGCAGGAACUCAUGGCCAUGUUAAAGUCACCAGAAAGUCCUGUCAAACUAGCAGAGUGUCUGCCACCUUCAGAGUACGACGUAUCGCCACUGCUGCUCUGCCGCCUGGAGAAGGAGAACUUUGACGCUGCUGACGAAGACGAAGUGUCCCAGACGUUACCGUGUGUCACACAUUUCAUAGAUCCCAAAGAACUGCAACUCUUCAAAGGUCAUACCAAAGAGCACCAAGGCAGGAUAUCUGUGGUGUAUAGAGGGGUUUGGCGGAGGAAAAAGAAGAAAAAGAUUGAUAUAGCAUUGAAAGUGUUCAAAUCCGACCACCACAAAGUAGAGGAACAGCUGGAGCUGCUGGGACAGUGGGCAUCUGUCCAUUCCCCCGCUUUGGUGAGACUGUACGGUAUCACUCUCAACAGUCCCCUGGGCAUGGUGAUGGAGCUGCUUCCACUGGGACCUCUAGACUCCUACCUUCGCCACCAAUCGAUGCACGUUAAAGAGGUGGACUUGGUAGAGGCAGCCAAUUAUUUGGCCACUGCGCUGUGGAAUCUGGAGGAAGCAGGAGUGGUCCACGGUAAUGUCCGUUGUCACAAGUUGUUGGUGGCAGCUCACACUGACUCAUCUUUCGUGGUGCGACUCGCCGACUCGGGACUGUCCAGGCAGUACACCAACAAUGACAUUCACUGGCUGGCACCGGAGUGCUACCAACUGAAGGACAACACCCACAAAACAACAGCAUCGGACGUUUGGGCUUUCGGUACAACCCUGUGGGAGAUCUUCUCUAAGGGCCAACAUCCUUCUGUGUCAGAACCCGACUUGAAGAAGUACUACCUGAGUGGGAAACGUCUUUCUCAGCCAAAAAGAUGUUCGUCCGAUCUCUACCGGUUGAUGAUGGAGUGUUGGACCCUUGAUCCUCAGAGACGCAAAAAGACACAAGAAGCCAUGAGAGAUAUCAACCACUUGCUCUACCAAGUGUUCAACUCUCGCCGGAUGCACUCCUAUGCUGUGGCACUCCCUAGGAAUCAUGGUCACACGCAAACUCACAGCAAAGCAGACACUGUCAGCUUCUCUGUGUCUUCCUCCCAGUCUACCAUCAUAUCCGAGCUGUCCAUGGACAGCAGCAAUGCCGAAAAUCUGAUAGAUUUCAGCAAGCAGUGGGGAGAGAGCUCUUGGCUACUGGCAACGUCACAAGAGCUAAACCAGGUCUCGGACAGCCAUUCGCCCGAUAUGUCUACAGGAUUCUCUCACUUGGACUUCUCUACCAACACCAACACUCUGGACAGCGUAUCUUCGCUGCAGUGCAUCUUCGAACUGGAGGCAGACUGCAAUGUUGUUCUCCAGGGCAGGAUUGGUCAGGGUUUCUACGGAGAAGUGUACCGAGGGUCCUUGGAGCAGCUGGACAAGGACUGCGAGCCGCAGUUGGUGGCUGUAAAGAGACUGAAGGCUGACAGCAUUAGCGCCAACCGUCAAGACUUUGAGAGGGAAAUCGAUAUCAUGAAACGCCUGAAACAUGAGAACAUUGUAGAGAUCAAGGCUGUGAUCAGUGAGCCGGAAGUGAGCCUAGUGAUGGAGUUCAUCCCUCACGGUUCCCUCCAGUGUUACCUCAAGAUCAACCGAGACCGUCUGCGGCCCGAGCAUCUGCUCAAGUUUGCUCUGGACGUUGCCAAGGGAAUGGAUUAUCUCGGCCACAAGAACAUAGUCCACCGAGAUCUUGCUGCUCGCAACAUCCUGGUCGCCAGCGAUUCCCACGUCAAGAUCUCGGACUUUGGGCUGGCUCAGGUGAUGGGCAGCAACGACUAUUACAUCCUCAAGACCAGCCGGGAGCUCCCCAUCAAGUGGUACGCUCCCGAGUCAUUGCGGGACGGCAAGUUCUCCCCACGCUCAGACAUGUGGUCUUACGGCGUCACACUGUUUGAGAUGUUCUCGCUGGGACAAGACCCCCAGUUGCCAUCACUGGCGGAGGACAGCACCGACCAGGCCCAGCUGUUGGCAGCCCUGGAAGCGGGAGUGAGGCUGCCCUGCCCCGUCGCCUGUCCUCAACACAUCUACGUCACAAUUGUCUACCCUUGCUGGCUACAAGACUCUCAUAGCAGACCCACCUUCCGUGCAAUGGCUCAGACUAUUGAACAGCUACGUUCUACGUACUUGUGCGCUGCUUAGUACGUUUGUUUGUUCUUCAAACUGAAAUAUGGUACAGUCGCAUUUAUUUAAUCUCAAUGAACACAGUCUUUUGAAUUGCAAAGGCCUAAAGUUCUACCAAUUAGAACAAUUGAUUUAUAUUGUGCCUAAUCCCCUUAAUACUGUUGUCAAGUCACUGAAGCUCUCAUUAAGUGUUAUUGAUACAACUUAUCUUUUGUUUGUACUUCUUAAUGAGGUAAAUUCGAUGAAGUACCUCGUUUUCUUUAUAUACCAUUUUAAGAUUUAUAAUGGGGUCCUAAAUCAUAGCUAAAUAAAAACAAAAACAGAGCGUAAAACAUGUUCUAUUCCUCAAUGUUUAGCAUAAAGUGCAUUUACUCUAUAGUAUUUACAAACGAACAUACAAUUCAUGAAUGCAUUUCAGUAGUUGCAGUCUAUAUCAGAUCAUAAUUGUUUUUUUCUUGAAAUGCAAAUUUGUAUGGUUUUGGUUUUUUCUUAUUUGAGGGAAAGAGUUAAAGACUCUGAACGUGGUCCUGAAAGGACCUUUUCGCCUCCUUUACUUAAGUUUUAGGCUUUCAGAACCUGAGGCUUUUACAACAGCCUAUGAGAUUUGAGGGCACCUAUUCUCUGAUAUCCUUUGGACUGAGAAGACAAGCUCUUAAGAUUUUUUCUGGUUUUGCAAGUGGCAGGACAGUUUAACCGGCCCUCUGAUUCUUGUGCCUUUCUGCAGAGUCUGCAUUCAUCAGUCCAGCUUAGACCCACCUUCAUCAGAUGUUUCCUAAGAGCGCCAUGUCCUGUCAGCAUCCAUAGUACAAGUCGUAUAUAUCCUCCUUGCUUAGAUCUACGAGUCUCAACCAUCCUUUUGCAUAUGGAGGGAUACAAAUUUUUUGAUUGCCUAAGGAUUUUCUCCAGAUCUUGAAUCUAAUCGCCUAUUCCCGAUCAUUUAGGAAAAGGCUACUCCACAGCCCGGCUCUGGCCCUAUCAAAAAGCUUUCAGAGCCUAUCUUAGCAAAGGUGUCAGCUGUUUCGUAUGAUUAAAAAGUAAAAGUUUUGUAUGGUAUUAGCGUUAUUUUAGUUGUUUCCUUCAUAUCCGAUGUAUUCACCUAUCCAACAUCAUCUACAUGUUGACGGAGAAUAAAUGCGACUGUACUGUUCUCUCAUAACACAUGCUCAUACAUAGCUGUAUUGAAGGCUUCAUCGUUGUGCUCAAACUUUGCAUGUAUUUCAUUUUUUUCUAGCCAAAGACAUACAUUAGGUGUUAAAUGUAUUUUCUUGUAAAUUUACUUACAUCGUUUCACCCUGUGAUACAUUUGUACAUUAAAAGUUUAUACAUAAAUACAUUGUUAAAAGUUGAUAAAAAAAUGUUUGCAUUUACAUACGCUAAUAAGAUUUAGGACGAAAUUUAGGACUUAACACUUGAUUGUUAUACAACUGGAUCACUUUUGAGAGGGAGCUAGGUUGAAAUAUGCAACCAAUUCUUACUUAUUUUAACAAUUCACCUCAGUUAAAAUUAAUAAUAAUUAAUCAGUAAUAAUAAUUAUUGAUCUGAAUAGCAUUGUAAUUAAGUUUCAUACUAUUAUACUUUGAACACUAUAAUUAUUGUAAGAAAACAGAAAUUCAAAAAUUGAAAAAAGGAAAAAUCCCAUUUAUAUUUUAUUUCAACUUUUGAGAUUUUUAUAAAUAAGCUAAGCACUUAAGCCUUAAUACUUAGGGAGAAAACUCCUUUCUUUGACAAGAAUUGUGCACUGUGUAUUUUGUGCAGCAUGUUUACCUGAGUUAAAUAAGUUAAUAUUUAGUAAGCUACCUCUAUAAUACUACUUCUAGUUUUAAUUCUCCAUCUUAAGUUAUUUUUUAAAUAAAUGUGCAUAAUAUUGUACGGCAUACAAAGUCUAUAUUAAAAAAAAAAACAAAAAACUUGCAGGAUUUUGAAAAGAUACUUUUUUACCAAUGUGUCAAAAUUAAUGAUAUGAAUUUAGCUUAACAGUUGGAAAGGUUUUUACAUCUUAUUUAAAAUUUUGUAAUAGCUUUCCCUAUUUUGAUUUUGCGGAUCAAAAGGCACCUUGUUUAUAGGUUUGUUUAGCGCUCUCAGAUGACAGAGCUUCAGACACUCAGAGCCUGUGCUGCGAAUUUCUUUAAGCAUCCCAUCCUCUGAUGUUUUGCAUGUGUCUGCUUAAACUUAAUUAACAUUUGUAAGUUAGGUCUACAUUUGUCUCAUUCGCUGAGCGUUAGCAAAGCUUACCACUUGUGAGGCUGGAAUUCAUUUCUAUCCGUCUGUCUAUCUGUUUGUCUGUCCACACAAUUUGAAAUUUUGCUUGAAUCUUGAUUCCUAUUUAUGCAGAACCGAGGUAACCACAAUGGCAAUGAGAAAAUAGCAGAGUAAGUAAAUCAUAUGACAUGUCAAUAAUUGUAGCUUAUUCACUCAGUAAAAAGUAAAAAUAAUAGAGUGGAAAGUCAAUGUUAGAUGACAAGAUUCGAUUUCUGCGUGUUGUAGUAACCUCCCUACCUUACAAAACUUGUAUUAUUUAAACACUGCUAUGAACCUAACCCAAUUAACAGAAAUAUUUAUCUAUUACUUGGCAAGAUAUCUCAGGAUCAUCUGUAGACUUUUAAUUUUGCAUGAAAGUUGAUCUCUACAUAGACAAGAAUGAGUUUUAUGAUGGUACAUGUCCAACCAUGCAAUUUGGCUGAGCGUCAUUGAAGCCUAUCGCUCAGUAGUCCGACACAGUUUCUCUUUUAUCUUGGCAGGGGGAAGGGGGGAUGUAAAAAUUUCGUUUCUGUAUAAAGUCUAAAUAACUAUACGUCUACAGAACAUCUUGAGAAAGAAAUGAGCUAGAGACUUGAAAUUUUGCGUGAAUCUUCAGUGAAAUCUUUUAAGCGACACAUGGUGUAGCGUCCUCCUACCUUGUACAUGAAGUAAAAUGUCUGCAGCUCAAAAUGUGUUUGGAUAUCCUUCCCAUAAUGCUAUACCGUUUGGUGCUUGGGUAUAAGGAAUAAUCCUUUGGUGCAGAAUUUCGUCUCGGACCACAGGACAGUUGGUCCUCCAGGACCUUAGCAGUUACAUUAGUUUUUCUAGGAGUCAAUUAGUCCAUCCAGCCAUCCCUUGUUUGUUAGUGAAUUGAAAUCAGAGGAUCAGUAUUGUGGUCACAUCAUACUUUUUGCAAUCUGGCAUCUAUUAUAAUCCCUUUCCCUGCGUUCCAUUUUUUCCUUAUAUGUUGCUGGCAGUGGGAAAGAAUAAUCACUUCUUUUGAGCACAAAUAUUGUCACUAAAACAUCAUUUUACCAGUAAACAAAUCACUCCACUUGAUCUAGUUGGUUGAGCGUCAGCGAAGUCUAUCACUAAAGUAUAAAUUUUAUUUUGAGACUGUCCACACGAUAUCUCGAAACCGGACUGACUUGUAACUUUUGCAUGAAGCUGCAUAUAUGUGUAGGCAACAUUGAGUCCGAUGAUGGAGCGUGUUUCCCCAAAGGAUUUGGCUGAGCAUUAGUGUACCUGUUUUCGGUCUUAUGGGUAACGACAAUGGCAACAAGAAAGUUCCAGAAAAAAUAAGUUUGUAAACAAACAGUGUACUGUCAUAUGAUAUUUUAAUAUGUGACACAAGUAGCUACACGCUUGAUAUUUCUCAUGCAGACUUGGUGAAGCCUUUUAUGUGACAUUGGUGUUUUGUACUCCUACCUUAUAGUCAUGAAACAAAAAUUCCCGAUGUAGUGGUAGAGAAACAAAAAACUACUAGUAGUUACUAUUGAUGCAAACCUUUUUGGGACAACCAUGCUGUUUUCCAUCCUACCUUUAUUCAGUCAAAGUCUUUAUUCAACAAAUCGUUUUUAUUCACCCAAGCCACACGUGGCCUAUCUCACUCAGUUCCCACAGCUCCAGUGAUUGUCUUAUUCCAUCCAGAGAUAUCCAUAUAACUGCCUCAGGGAGCAAUAGAGCAAUCAAAAUAUGGGAUCAUUUGCACUCUGAGAUGACCAAAUUCCUUGCUGAGUGAUUUUGCACGAUGAAAAGAUGUUAUUAGCGUCAGUAUUGUACUUACAAGACACAGCCACUCUCAUCAACUGUUAAUUGGAAUGGAAACCAUUCAACACAGCAACUCGCUAUCUUUACUAUCAAAAGACACAGAUAGUCAUCUUUCAGCGUUGGGUUCUUGAAUUUCUCAUUUGUGUCGAAAAGUGCACAGCUUUGGCACAGUCCAGCCUGUUUCAGAUACGCAUCUGCCACCGUGUGCUUCUUCCCACUAAAUCCACAAAUUCUCAUCAGACGCAGUGUUAUAGUUUUUAGAGAAUAAUUUGCUUGUUUAAAAUGUGAACUAAAUUAGUGUCAUCAGCUUUACCUUAACGGUACAGAAGAAAGAGAUGAAUGACAUUUGAACUUUUUUACAAAGAUAAUGGGAGCCAAGCAUUAAGCACUUGUAUGAACGUCUUCAAAAUCAUAAAAUUUAUCUUUCAAUCUAGCCAUUAGCUUUUUAUGGCCAGUGUAACUUUCGAUUAGCGGUAACUCAUUAUUCAAAAUACCAGAAAAUUUUCAUAUUUUCUGUUAGAUUACAAAUGUACAAGUCAUUAAUUAGCUUAACAAGGUUCGAGUCUGGGCGAUGUCCGUUCUGAGUUUUCCUGAGAAACACUGUUAGUGACUGAAACAUGAAGUUGUACUGUGCGUUUAAAAAACAUCUGAUUCAAAAGUGUUUCAUCAAUUUCCUGAACAAGUUCACAGCUGCUGACUAUCGAUAUUUUUGGUAUAAAUUGUUUUUGUCAACUGAAACUUGUUAAUUAAA